CUGAAAUUUGCAGGCAGUUUGGUUCAUGGAAGUCUUCUGAGAAAUGGAAUCAUAAACAGAAAUCUGGUACCAAGUGAAAAAUGGCAGGAUCGGCUUUGAAACGUUUGAUGGCGGAGUACAAACAAUUGACUUUGAAUCCACCAGAAGGAAUCAUAGCAGGACCUGUCAAUGAGGAAAAUUUUUUUGAAUGGGAGGCUUUAAUCAUGGGUCCAGAAGGGACGUGUUUUGAGGGGGGGAUAUUCCCAGCCAGACUUACUUUCCCCUCCGAUUACCCUCUCAGCCCCCCGAAGAUGAAAUUUACAUGCGAAAUCUUCCACCCUAACAUUUAUCCCGAUGGUAGAGUCUGUAUAUCGAUAUUACACGCUCCCGGAGAUGAUCCCAUGGGUUACGAAACUAGCGCAGAAAGAUGGAGUCCAGUUCAAAGUGUAGAAAAAAUAUUAUUAUCUGUUGUCAGCAUGUUGGCAGAACCUAAUGAUGAAAGUGCCGCCAAUGUGGAUGCUGCGAAAACUUGGAGAGAAGAUAAGACAAAAUUCCAGGAAGUUGCAGAAAGGACAGUUCGAAAAUCUCUAGGGUUAUAAACUUGCAAACUGACUUAUUUUUUUUUUUUCGGGGGUUAUUACACUAGUCAUCUUUAAUCUAACAAUAUUUUUUCUUGAAUCGUGUUCUGUGGAAUUUUGACACAAUAACAUUAAAAGUUGGCAAAAUUUAAUUUAACUAAUUAUGGUUUUUUUUUUUUUUUUUUUGGAGGGUUACUUCACUUGCCAUCCAUGAUCUUACAAGAUUCUUUCUUAAAUCAUGUUCUGUAGAAACUUUACCCAAUAGCAUCAAAAGUUGGCAAAAUUAGUUUUUUUUUUUUUUUUCGAAGGGGGUUAUUACACUUGCCAUCCAUGAUCUUACAAUAUUCUCCUACAAUUUGUGUUCUGUGGUAUCAAUAGCUAGGCUAACCAAUCAAAACACUGUUAAAAGAAGACAUAUAUAACUAUAAAUAUCCCAUAAUUAUUCACAUAUAGUAUUGACGAGUGAAUCUGAUUGGUUGAAUACUAAAUGACCUAGAACACAAGAUGCAUACAUUUUUGUCAGAUCGUGGAUGGAAAGUAGAGUACCCACAGAAAAAACAUGUAACAAAAUACAGAUUUACAGUUUAAUCAAAUUGCUAAUAUAUGUUUCCUUCACGAAUUGGAUCAAAAUUCUACAGAACACAAUCCAGCGAAGAAUGUUGUCGGAUCAGCGAUGGGAAGUGGAGUCACAUGCAGAGAAAGCAUGAAACAUAACAUCCACAUUUGCAUUUAAAUCAAGUACAGGGGCCUUAUUCUCAAACACUUAACUUAAGAUGAUUUUAGUAUUCCAGUCAUCUAAUUGGUCAAUCACUAACAUGGAUUUUAAAUUUAAUUUUAUUAUCCAAUCAGAUUACUGUAUUUAAUAACUUAAGAUGAUUUUAGUGUUCCAGUCAUCUGAUUGGUCAAUCACUAACAUCGAUUCUAAAUUUAGUUUUAUCAUCCAAUCAGAUUACUGUAUUUCUUAAAAUCUGGAUUCUAUCUAAAUUAAGUUUUUAAGAAAAGGCCUAGUUUGGUUUGUAACCGUGCAUUUUGUUGUAUAUUUUAUGUAUGUAUAUAUUUAACUAUAAUAUAUAAACUUAUUAACUGUU